AUCAUCAGUUCCAUCUCUACUUUAAAACAGCCGUGUGAUUCACUUCGCUUGGAAUAAACUCUUCAAAAGCCAAGAAAACCUGCUGCAAAUUAGUUGAUAACUUGCAUUUAACAAGCAAUCAAAUCCCGUUGACCACUGGUGAUGUCACAGCUGCGCUCGAAAGUCAUUACUCUCUACAAGCACUUGCAGUAUUUGGGCCGCGAAUAUCCCGGCCUUAAUGGGCCGGAAAAGUUCAGGAAGCAGAUCCACGAUGCCUUCAUGAACCAUAAGGAUGAGCAGGAUCCUAAGAAGAUCGUGGCCCUGCUGGCCCAAGGACGCUAUCUGGCCAAGGAAGUGGAGGCCCUGUACUCCCUAAAGAAAUACCGGAGUGUUAAGCAGCGCUACAGCUACAAUGACUAAGCGGGCGGAACGGAACGGGACGGAUCGGAAAGAAGGCGUGGCAGCGAUGCGGAAAUCGUGACGAAAAUUCAAGGACUGAUGAGCGGGGAGUACGAAAGAGGGAAUCGUGAGAAUAUGAUACGUUUUGCCUUGCUUGUCGCACACAAAAAUACAACAUACAUAUAUGCAUAUUGUUCGGCCAAAACAAACUCAACCCAAGAAACACACAAUAAUUAUUUCGAAUGUCUUGUCAAUGUCUAACUUUAAGUUUGUUAUUGAGACAACCAAAAAAAAACGAAAAACGGACGUAGCGAAUAAACGAAGCAGUCAUUGAAUAAACCAAAA